AAACUUGAAAGUCAGUGGAUUUGGAGUACAUAAGUUUAUUUUAUCUGUAAAAAAAUGAUCCUUUUUUUUUUUUUUUUUUUUUUUUAAUUGUAUGGUUAGAGCUAAAAGCAGUGGUUCUUGAUUAAAAGUACUGUGAAGGGUAGUUUUUUUUAUCUGUUUCUUCUCAAUUAAUUGAUCUGCUGAGCUGAUUUUAAGUCAUUGUUAUUAAUUGUUGUAAAAGGGUCAUUUCUAUUUUUGGAAACUGUAUAGUCCAUCUUCUUAGUGAUACAUAUAAUGAUAUAAUCCAUACCAAUUAGGCAAUUAUACAGUACACACUUUUAAGUUCUUCCUUUAAUUUUUUAUGUAAACCUUUAGAUUGUUAUAGCUGUAAUUUUUUUCUGUACUUUGUUGCCUUUUGGUAAUGGGUGUCUAGAAUUUCUGUUUAUCUCUCCUUUUUUAUUCUUCUUCAAGUCUAUAUGAUCUUAGAUAUAUUAUUAGUAAUGAUGAAAUAUAGUUACCGAGCAGCUGGUUCAAAAUUAUGCUUGUUUGAAAAUCUUUGUUUUUGGGUUUGAUGGAGGAAAUUAAUGUAUUAUUUCUUGUUCAAUUCGUAGGUGAAAGAUGUAAGUUUUCUCCAUUAUUUUCCAUAUCUUUACCAUUGUUAAAGGGAACUAAAUUUUGGUAAUGAAGUGUUAACAUGUUGUUUUGUUAUGUCACAGGCUUGGCGGCUAAGUUCUUUUUUCUGCGUUGAUCAUUCUUUCCAUUGAAACAGAAACACUGGUGUGAUGACUUGUUUUGGUCUCUGCCUAAGAGGGAGAGCAUCUCCCCCUCACAACCAGAUAGCAGAAAUUGAUGAAGUGGUCAAUGAAAUGGGAGGAGAACCACGGGGUCUCAGUUUCAAAUCCCAAUGGAGGCCACAAAACACUUGGCGAUUUCUUCUCAUCGGCCUAAGCCUUGGUUGGCACUUGGCAGAGUUGCCCGGUACCUAUGUUGGUGGGAGGUAGCAAGUACCCGGUGUAAAUAUCGAGAAAUUUCAACAAUUGAGAAUGCAAGGGUGUACAGCUACAAGGAAUUGCGCGAUGCAACCGAAGAUUUUUGCCCUGUAAACAAAAUAGGGAAAGGAGGGUUCGGUUCUGUAUACAAGGGGAGGCUAAAAGAUGGAAAAAUGGCUGCUAUUAAGGUACUUUCUAUUGAAUCGAAACAAGGUGUAAGGGAGUUUUUGACAGAAAUAAAGGUGAUCUCAAGUAUAGAACAUGAAAACCUGGUGAAGUUGUACGGCUGUUGUGCGGAAGGGGAUCAUAGAAUAUUGGUGUAUAACUACCUGGAAAAUAAUAGUCUUUCCCAAACUCUGCUUGGUGGUGCCCAUAGUAGUCUCCAGUUUGGCUGGAAAACACGGACUAAAAUAUGCAUUGGUAUUGCACGAGGACUUGCAUUCCUCCACGAAGAAGUCCAGCCUUAUAUAGUUCAUAGAGACAUUAAAGCAAGUAACAUCCUUCUCGACAGAGACCUGACCCCAAAAAUUUCAGAUUUUGGUCUUGCUAAGCUUAUUCCAGCUGAUAUGACCCAUGUUAGCACUCGUGUGGCAGGAACUCUAGGUUAUUUGGCCCCUGAAUAUGCCAUUAGAGGGCAGUUGACACGGAAAGCAGAUAUAUACAGUUUUGGGAUUCUCCUUUUGGAAAUCGUUAGUGGAAGAUGCAACACAAACAAGCGGUUACCUAUUGAGGAACAAUAUCUUCUUGAACGGGCAUGGAGACUGUACAAGAAGGGGGAGCUCAUUCAAUUGGUAGAUGCAUUGUUGGGAGACGACUUCGAUGUUGAUGAGGCUUGCAGAUUCUUGAAGGUGUGUCUCUUAUGCACCCAAGUCCUCCCCAAGAGCCGACCAUCGAUGUCCACUGCGGUGAAAUUUCUGACUGGUGAGAUGGAAGUGGAUGACGAAGAGAUAUCUGAGCCAGGAAUGUUAUCAGAUCUGCAGAGUCUCAGGAAUCAGAAGAAUACAUCAUCAGGCUCGGUAUCUGGUGGCUCAGGGAAACAAGUUGAUUCCUCUCCAUCUAUGGACACAACAAUGACACAUGGAACUAUGACUUUCACAACAAUAGAUGACCGAGAUAGCUGAGCUAAACACAGCACGGUAAAAUACAUGUCCUUGUCUAUCAUCCUUUUAUCUUAUUGACUUUAUUUCUUGGUAGGAUUUUGCUUUGUAGCGUGUGGAAUUAGGAGUUUUUUUCACUUCAUUUAUAUUCUAAGCUGUAAAUAUGACCUGGAAUUUGUAUAAUUAGAUUAGGUAGUCGACGAUUCAUUGAGACUUUUCUAUUUAAGUACAUGUCGCAAUUGUACCAUGAGACAUUUUUCUUGGAAAUGUAAUGAUUUGUAAGCAAAA